AUGGGUGUCUGUAUUGAUAUUCGCGUCGGCGAUCGCGAUGCCCCGCUUCGCGGCGUCUCGCGGGACCACGACCGCGCGCGGGGGCCGGGUGGGCAUCCGUGGCGCGGCCGUAGGCGCGUUCCGGGGGUGCCAGGCGUGCGCGCGCGCAUGAGCGGUAGUCCUGGGGCGCGUCGCCCCGCGCUCCUCCGAGCAGGGGAGCGCGACGCGACGCACGCACGCGUCGGGGCGCGCGGGGGCUGUCGCCACGAGGUGAGAUACCCUGGCACGGAGGCGGGGGUAUGCGAGGAGGAACAUGAGGCUGACGGCCGCGAGGAAGAUGACUGGUGUGGAACGGUUAGCGUCUGGCAGGCGGGGAGGCAGGGACGGGGGUGGGAUAUUGAAGCGUUGGCUGAGGAGCGACGGACGGCGUGGAGAAAGAGUGCGCAGGGAACACUCACCUACUCCACCGACGAUACUGCCAAUCUCCUUUGGUGUAAGGCGAGUGCUCGUUUCCAUCGACACAGUAUUGGUGGUAGUGGUGUUCGCAUUGUCCGUGAAGUCCUGUCGGGCGAAAAGCGGGCAUCGUGCCUUUGGAUCGAAGUCACAGUCAACGCAAGCGUAGCAAGGCACGAGUACUUUAAGGGAAGGGAGGGGAAUGGGGAUACCCAUAUAAUACCUGCGAGCUUAAUGAGACGCGGCCAGGAGAGCAGGAUGUCAAGAAGCGCACAUUAUGCGCGGUUUGCCCAAGAGCUCCUGCCCAUGAUGUGCCCCCGCGCCAGUGGACGUCAGACGCUCGGAAGGAGUGGCCGCCCAUGGAACUCUGAGGAUCAUAGGCGCCCGCCCCGCCACGGAUGGAAAGGGAGCGUGUAUGCCAUAUGCCGGCGCCCCGGCUCAGGCGUGCUGCCGCGGAUAAAUCGACGCGCCGUCAGGGUAGCGCAUGCGCGUCAGACGGAGAAAGCGCGCGAUGGAGAAUGGGACACGCACGAAGGGAUAGGACCGCCCGGCGGCACUUGCGACGAGCACCCAAACAGAGGGGAACAGCGCUUCGAACCUUCAGGCGAGAAGCAAGCAUUGUCGCCCGGGGUAUGCCGCAUGGACACGACGCAUCGCAUUAGCGUGCAUGGGAGUGCGCAAGUUGCCGCCCGGGCGAUCCAUCAUGGACGUAACCUCCUACCGCUGGCAGAGUCGAGUGUACGCGCACACAUAACGACCGAGUUGAGAGGAGGUGGAACGCGUGAGGCGAAAGUUGAACCCGCUGAAGCUCAGACCGGGUUUGAACUGCCAAGGCAGCGGACGGAUCAGUCCGACUCGCUCCCUAGGCCUAAUAGGACGAUGAUCCUCUCUCUUCUAUCUUCCGUAAGAAGAAGCGCGCUGUGGGACAACUUCAAGCGGGAGAUCAGAACGCCGGGGCGCCGGACUGCGAUCUCGUACAGCAGCGCUCCCAGCACCGUCGUGCUCCGGGCAGAACGCCUCGCGCGUAGCCUAUCCGCCUCCUGCCCGUGCGGCGGCCGCCUUUCGGACGUCAGCUCCUUCCGCUUUGCCCCCGCUCACGUCGAGCACCCCGCCCGAGCUGUAGUAGGGUUCCCGUCUGCCGCGCACGCCUUGCUGUCGCCACCGAUCGUCCCUCGCUCACACGCUGCAGGGUGCUCCCCGUUCCGAGCCUCGCGACCCUUCCUCACCCUCCUGCCGCCUGAUCCGCCUGCCAUCGGGGACCCCUCCGACAGGCAAUUCCUGUCCCGCGUCGGGCCAACAGGCCUCUCCCCGCCUCAUCGCCGCCGCUCCCACUGCGCUUCUGUCCACGGGAUCGCUCGCGAGCCGCCCGGCCGCGCAUCGGACGCCCUCUGCACCCCGGGCACGCUUCCUGCACACGCCCGACGCCCACCGAGAUGUGGUUCCGCGACCAACGCAUUAAUGCCGCGUCCGCGCUCCGGGAUGCUCAGCCCAAGCCUGUCGACCUCGGGACUUGUUCGGGCCGCGAUGACGGUGUCGCCCACCGUUGUCCGCAAUGUUUGGGAUGGGCCGAGCACGUACUACCACCGGGGUUAG